AUGGGCCCUCCACCUGGGAGCCAAGUCGCUCCUCUACCCUCGAACCUACCCUUCCGGCUCGUCAGCAAAACAAUAGGGCAGGGCGCAUAUGCUUCCAUACGCAAAGCUGUACCCCACGACAAGCCGAAGCCCGUCAUCGCGAUCAAGUUCAUCAACAAAGAGCAUGCAUUCAAGCAGGGCCGCCUCUCGCCGAAGCAGAUUAAGAUGGAAAUAGUCUUGCAUCAGCACCUCGGCAAGCACCAGAACAUUGUACACCUCCUCGGCUCAGGAGAAGACGCAUUAUGGACAUGGAUAGCCAUGGAGCUUGCAGACGGCGGUGACCUGUUCGACAAGAUCGAGGCCGAUGAGGGCGUAGGAGAAGACAUUGCACACUUCUAUUUCUGUCAGCUGAUCAACGCCGUUGGGUACAUGCACUCGAAAGGGAUUGCACACCGCGACAUCAAGCCUGAAAAUGUGCUGCUGAGCGCUGAGGGAGAUCUUAAGCUCAGUGACUUUGGACUUGCAGCUCUGUUCAAGAAGGAUGGCAAAGCGCGGUUGUGCAACACUGUAUGCGGUUCACCGCCGUACAUUGCUCCUGAGAUCGUCAGCGGCAGGAGAAGCAAGAGAGCAGAUAUGCUGGAUGUUGGCUACCACGCAAAUGUAUGCGAUAUCUGGAGUUGUGGUGUUGUGCUGUUCGUCCUACUCGUCGGUAACACGCCAUGGGACGAGCCUACAAUGCGCAGCGAAGAGUUCAAGGAGUACGUUGAGACAAACGGACAGACAACGGACGAACUUUGGGAGCUGGUACCUCCUGAAGUCACCCCGUUGCUUCGCGGGAUGUUGAAGCUCGACUCUGCAUCAAGAUUCACGCUCGACGACAUCCGGAGGCAUCCUUGGUUUAGAAAGCCGAACGUCUACUUGUCUUCGAAUGGUACCAAUGCCAAUCCUGUAGGUAUGGCUACGCAGAUGCUGUCCCAACUACGCAUCGACUUCGCACGAGGGCCGACUCAGUCCCAGCGAGGCUUCUCACAAGACGAGGACGCCAUGGAAAUCGACGCAUCUCCCAGGCGCUCGAGCGCAAAUCCAGCGAACGCAGUCCACAUGCUGUCCUCCACACAGCCGGAGACCCCAGUAGGUGAGUCUGUCUUCGACUGGGAGCGUCCACCUCGACUGGCUUCCUACGAUAGCGUACCAGCUUCUCGGCCCAUGGGUGACGACCAACGGCCAGCCUACCAGUCACAAACGGUCAGCUCGACUCCCUUCAUGUCUCAACUCCCACCAUCCACACAAGACAUGCUGUCUCAGGAUCCUGGAAUGGCACAGUUUAGUUCAACACCGCAGGUUCCGCUCACCCUCACGCAGAUGGCACGCAGAUUUGCCGAUGUUAUGCCGUCGUAUUCGCUCGCACGUUUCAUCUCGCCGCACGCGCUUUCUUUCCUUAUCCCGCUUCUGCUCGAGGCUUUGCAUGGACUCGGCGUGCCACCACCAGUUUUCACCGAGAGUCAGAUCGCGCGGUGUGAGCUGGAUGAGAGUGCUAGCAUCAGAGUCAAGAUGGCCGAUGGACGGCGGCAAGGCUUGAACGGACAUAUUGUGAUAGAGAAAGCGGUAUACUAUGGCAUGGCGUACUGUGAGGUGAGGUUUGUCAAAGCCAGUGGCGAUCCUCUUGAGUGGAGGAGAUUCUUUAAAAAUGUUGUAAUAUUGGUCGGCGAAGUCGUCUUGAGGCCUAGCUAG